CUCUGUUCUUCUUUCCUCCGCCUGCUAUAAACCAAAAGGCGGUGACUCGAUUUGUUCCUUCUAAGUUCAAAAAUUGGGUUUCCAUUAGGAUUCAAUUUUUACUAACCCUAAAAAACAGAAUCUAAUACACAGAGAAAAGCGAAGGUUGUUACCUUCAUCAAUGGCGGAUCCUGGUCCUGCCAGUUUCUCAACGAGAGCCAAUGCCUUGCUUAGGAAAAACUUAACCUAUCAGAAACGGAAUCUAUGGAGCAAUAUACGGCUAAUCAUGAUCCCAUUCUACCUCUGUAUACUUCUAGUGAUUAUACAAAUCCUGUUCGAUACACAAGUUAACAACUCUGCUGAUAAUCGUUGUGGUUGUGAAUGCAUCGAAAGAAAUAGAGCUGGAAAAUGCCAAAGAGAGCUUUGCGGUUUAGAACAUUCUAAACCGGAUCAAGCCUUCUUUUGUUCUAUCCCUCGUCCUCCACUAUGGCCUCCUUUGUUACAAAUCCCGCGUCCUGAGAGUCGCGAUGUUAGAGGUCUUCGUGAUGAUUCUUGCAGAAGAACAGGAUCUUGUCCUGUUACUAUACUCUUUACUGGAAAUAACCGUUCCCUUGGAACAACUGUAUCUGAGAAUCUGUUCACUAGUUCUGUGUCGGCGAACGCCUCUGAGAUUUUGCGUACUUUAGCCAACAAUGUUUUGGGUACAACAGUUGAGGCAGAUUUCACCAAUUAUCUUGAUCCAGGGAUUGCCUCAAAUCUUUCCAUCUACAAUAUCCAACCUCGGUGCAUUCUAAAUGCUACGUUUCCGUUCUCAUUCGAACAACCACCUCUCAAGUUUGAGAAAGAGUUGAGAUGUGUUCAAGGAUCAAAUCUUUGGACAAAUACCUCCAAAGAGGUCAAUGAUAAGAUUUUCAAGGGUUAUAAGAAAGGAAACCCCGAGGGAAAGAUAAAUGAGAUCGCUGCAGCAUAUGAUCUCUUGAACACUGAUAGGAACAAUUUUAAUGUGCACAUCUGGUAUAAUUCAACGUACAAGGACGAUGCAGGAAAUAGACUUAUAAAGUUGAUCCGUGUUCCCCGCUCAGUCAAUUUGGUGUCAAAUGCUUACCUUCAAUUUCUACAAGGACCGGGGACAAGGAUGUUGUUUGAAUAUGUCAAAGAAAUGCCUAAACCAGAAACAAGUCUUCGUCUGGACAUUGCGUCUCUAAUUGGCCCCCUUUUCUUCACCUGGGUUAUUCUUCUUCUGUUCCCUGUGAUCUUGUCGUCAUUAGUGUAUGAGAAACAGCAACAUCUAAGAAUUAUAAUGAAAAUGCAUGGCCUAGGAGAUGGUCCUUAUUGGAUGAUUUCCUACGCCUAUUUCCUUACCAUAUCCGUGUUAUACGUUAUAUGCCUGAUGAUAUUCGGGUCAGCAAUAGGACUGAAGUUCUUUCGGCUUAAUUCCUACAGCAUCCAGUUCGUAUUCUAUUUUCUCUAUUUAAAUCUGCAAAUCGCCCUUGCCUUUCUAGUUUCUUCAGUAUUUUCAAAAGUCAAGACAUCAACAGUUGCUUCUUACAUAUACGUGUUUGGAUCUGGACUUUUGGGUUUGUUUCUACUCAACUUUCUGAUUGAAGAUUCAUCAUUCCCUAGAGGCUGGAUUAUUGUCAUGGAGUUAUAUCCUGGCUUCUCCUUAUACCGUGGCCUGUAUGAGUUGGCGCAAUUUGCUUUCCGGGGAAACUUGAGAGGGGAAGAUGGGAUGAAGUGGAAAGAUUUUGGUGAUAGUGCAAUGGAUGAUGUUUUUUACAUCAUUGUCGUUGAAUGGUUUCUUGCACUCAUUGCAGCAUACUAUAUCGAUAAGAUAUCUUCAUCCGGAAGAAACCCGUUGUUCUUCUUGCAAAACCCUUUCAAGAAAUCUCCUUCUUUGAGAAGACCUAGUUUGCAGAGGCAAGGCUCCAAAGUCUCAGUUGAUAUGGAAAAACCAGAUGUUACUCACGAGAGUAAAAAAGUCGAGCGGUUGAUGCUUGAGUCGAGCACAAGCCAUGCGAUUGUAUGUGACAACCUGAAGAAGGUGUAUCCUGGUAGAGAUGGGAACCCGCCUAAAUUGGCAGUUCGUGGGUUAUCUCUUGCAGUGCCUUCAGGAGAAUGCUUCGGCAUGUUAGGUCCCAAUGGUGCUGGAAAGACUUCCUUCAUCAAUAUGAUGACUGGGCUCCUGAAACCGACAUCUGGGACAGCACUUGUUCAAGGUUUGGAUAUAUGCAAUGAUAUGGACAGAGUGUACACCAGCAUGGGCGUAUGCCCGCAGCAUGAUUUGCUAUGGGAAACACUGACAGGAAGGGAACAUCUGCUGUUUUAUGGGAGACUUAAGAAUCUCAAAGGCGCUGAUCUCAACCAAGCUGUGGAAGAGUCUCUUAAGAGUGUCAACCUUUUCCAUGGAGGAGUUGCGGACAAGCCUGCUGGGAAAUAUAGCGGAGGUAUGAAAAGACGGCUGAGCGUAGCCAUUUCACUUAUCGGGAAUCCUAAGGUGGUUUAUAUGGAUGAGCCAAGUACAGGACUUGAUCCAGCUUCGAGAAAGAACCUAUGGACUGUCAUCAAGCGUGCAAAACAAAACACCGCGAUAAUCCUCACAACCCACUCAAUGGAAGAAGCAGAAUUUCUAUGUGACCGAUUGGGUAUUUUUGUGGACGGAGGCUUGCAAUGCAUUGGCAACCCAAAAGAGCUGAAGGGAAGGUACGGUGGAUCUUAUGUGUUUACGAUGACAACAUCUUCAGAACACGAGCAAAACGUGGAGAAGCUAAUUAAAGAUGUCUCCCCAAACGCCAAGAAGAUAUAUCACAUCGCAGGGACUCAGAAGUUUGAGCUUCCAAAAGAAGAGGUUCGGAUCUCAGAGGUGUUCCAGGCUGUGGAGAAGGCGAAGAGCAACUUUACCGUUUUCGCUUGGGGACUCGCCGACACAACUCUUGAAGAUGUCUUCAUCAAGGUUGUGAGAAACGGUCAGGCCUUUAAUGUCUUCUCUUGAUCUUCUUAGAUUCAUACGUCCAUAUUUUGUCCAAUGUCAAUAUUUGCUUAUUAUGUCAAAUUGCUACCACAUGAUACGAAAUUAGUGUUUAUAAGAUUUCAUGUAUAUUACUGGAAAUAUGUUACAAGUUCCUGAUUUUUCAAUGAGAUUAUACUUGAAACAAUUACUAGCGCUCCUGAAGCAAAGAGGCGACACUUCAACACUAGGAGAUGUUUUUCAAUGUCAUAACCAUUUGUUCUACUCUGUUUCGGAGUUCAUGUAUCGGCUAUUAAAGUUGGUUGGUAGCAAUAAACCCAUAUUUUCGACAUUGUCG